AUGGAUAUCGAAAAGAACUUUUAUUAUCAAAGAUUCGAUUUAAUAUCAAUUGGAAAUAAUUGUGUAAUUACAAUAUUUCAUCUAUUUGCUAGUAUUCUUUUAUUGCUGUAUGCUUUGACAAGUCUGUGGUAUUUACAACAAAUGUGGUGUCCAGUUGAACAUACUUAUGAAAUGAGUUUAGUGACACAAAAAUUUACUUAUUCCAUUCGAUCUUUACUUUUGUUGUUUUAUUUACAAUAA